ACUCUAACCAUAGCUCAACAGGCUAAAGCAUGUGCCAAGAACCAACCAAUAUGUGUUCGUUUUGGUGGUCAAUUCACUAAUAUCGCCAAAUCAGAUAUACAUAAAGUAUUGAUAGAGACCAACAAUGAGACUUUUCCAAAAUACCUGAAUUAACAAAGGCAAAGAACUAGACAUCAUUGUAUAUUAUAUAUAAUGAUGUGUAUUUCCCCCAAACAGCUAAGAAAUGCUUUCUUCAAACCAUGGGCCGAUGGUUAAAGCCUAGGAAUCUUUGUUUUCUACAAAAUAAUGAUAAAUGUUCUUGAGAUAAGACAAGGUUCUAAUAAAUCUCGAAGGUAAAUUAUGCAAUUCAUAACAGACAAAUUGGUAGCCUAGUUGGUGUCCCAUUGCCGGUGAAGAUUCUCAUGAUUCUCCUGGCCUUAACGUGCAAAUUCGCCUAAAUAAAUGCAUCAAAGUUUUAGAAAUGGAAGAAAUAUCAUAAGCUUCAACCAAUCAUUAUGGGUUCUCGGAUAUUCUUCCUAUAUUCAUUUCUACAAUUCCUAUCGGUAUUCGCCAUACUUCCAUCACUAAAGGCAGCCCCCCUAUUCAGAGAAUACAUAGGAGCUGAAGGCAUAAAUAUUAGAUUUUCAGACGUACCUAUUCAUUCUGAUGUUGAAUUCCACUUCAUUCUCUCCUUUGCCAUCGAUUACACGGGUUCAUCUUCUCCUUCUGCAACAAAUGGCAAAUUCAGAGUCUUUUGGGACGAAGAAAACCUCUCACCUUCUUCUGUUUCUUCCAUCAAAGCCAAGCAUUCGAACGUCAAGUUCGCACUCAGCCUUGGGGGUGAUACAGUAGGUAAAGAAUUUGCAUUCUUUAAACCCAAAUCCAUUACAUCUUGGGUUAACAAUGCUUUUAAGUCCAUAUCUCGUAUAGUGAAGAAGUAUGAUCUAGAUGGGGUUGACAUCGAUUAUGAACACUUCAAAGCACACCCUGAUAUAUUUACCGAGUGCAUAGGGCAACUCCUCCUCCGUCUAAAACAACAUAAUCUCAUUUCAUUCGCAUCCAUUGCACCGUUUGAGGAUGACACUGUCCAGUCACAUUACAUGGCUUUGUGGAGGAAGUAUGGAGAUCUAAUAGACUAUGUCAACUUCCAAUUCUAUGCCUAUGGAAAAGGGACAACAGUUUCUCAGUUUUUGAAUCAUUUUGAGACUCAAAGCUCUAAUUAUGAAGGUGGUAAAGUUCUAGCAAGCUUUGCAACAGAUGGAAGUGGAGGUUUAACACCAGAAAAAGGGUUCUUUAAGGCAUGCAGCACCCUUCAAAGUAGGGGCAAUCUUCAUGGUAUAUUUGUUUGGUCAGCAGAUGACUCGAAGAAGAACGAUUUUCAUAAUGAAAUACAGGCACAAAACCUUUUGGCGAAUGCAAAAUGAUCCAUCUCUUGAUCAAAUUGCUUAGCUUUUAUUAUUGACUCAAAAGAAAAGACAGACAGCUGAGUUUUACCUGAUUACCAUCGUUAUA